AUGCAAUUUCUUCGAAAGAAUUCUUCUUCUUCUUCUUCUUCUUCUUCUUCUUCUUCUUCUUCUUCUUCUUCUUCUUCUUCUUCUCUUUCCACCUCCUUCUCCUCUUAUUCUCCUUCGUCUUCUUUUUCCUCUUCUUCUUCCUCUUCUUCUCUUUCAUAUUCCUCUUCCCCUUUUUCCCUCCUUCUUCUUUUUCUUCGUCUUCUUCCUUUUCUUCUUCUUCUUCUUCUUCUUCUUAUUCUUAUUCUUAUUCUUCCUCUCUUUCCACCUCCUUCUCCUCUUAUUCUCCUUCGUCUUCUUUUUCCUCUUCUUCUUCCUCUUUCAUCUUCCUCCUCCUCUUUUCCCUCCAUCUUCUUCUUCUUCUUCUUCUUCUUCUUCUUCUUCUUUUCCUCUUCUUCUUCUUCUCCUCUUCUUCUUCUUCUUCACAUUCUUCCUCUUCUUCUCUUUCCACCUCCUUCUCCUCUUAUUCUCCCUCGUCUUCUUUUUCCUUUCUUCUUCCUCUUUCAUCUUCCUCCUCCUCUUUUCCCUCCAUCUUCUUCUUCUUCUUCUUUUCCUCUUCUUCUUCUUCUUUUUCUUCUUCUCAUUCUUCCUCUUCUCUUUCCACCUCCUUCUCCUCUUAUUAUCCUUCGUCUUCUUUUUCCUCUUCUUCUUCCUCUUUUAUCUUCCUCCUCCUCUUUUUCCCUUCUUCUUCUUCUUCUUCUUCUUCUUCUUCUUCGUCGUCGUCUUCGUCGUCGUCGUUGUUGUCGUCGUUUGCAAAUUCUACUUCUUUUUCUUCUUCUGCCUCUUCUUCCUCAUUUCCUUCUUCUUUUUCCUAUUAUUCUUCGUUUUCCGCUUCUUCUUCUUCUUCUUUUUCUCUUCUUUUUCUCUUCUUCUUCAUCUUCUUUUUCUCUUCUUCUUCAACUUCUGUUUCCUCUUCUUCUCCUUUCACCUCUUCUUCUUCCACCUCCUCUUCUUUUUUUCUCUUCUUUCUCUUCUUAUUCCUCCUCUUCUUUUUCCUCUUCUUCUUCUUCUUCCUCUACUUCUUCUCUUUACUCUCCUUCUUUUCUUCAUCUUCUUUUUCCUCUAAUUCUUCUUCUUUUUCUUCUACUUCCUCUUCUUUUUUCCUCUUCUUCUUUCUCUUUCGCCUCUAGUUUUUUCUUCUUUUUCCGCUUCUUUUUCUUUCUCCUCUGCUUCUUCUUCUUCCCAUUCUUUUUCCUCUUCUUCUUCUUCUUCUUCUUCUUUUCUCUAUUAUACUAUUUCCUCUUCUUCUUUCUCUUCUUUUUCCUCUUCUUGCUCUUCUUCUUCAUCUUUUUCUUCUUCUUCUUCCUUUUCUUUUUCCUCUUCUUUUUCUUCUUGUUCAUCCUCUUCCAUUUCUUCGUCUCCUUUUUCCUUUUCUUCUUCUUUCUCUUCUUUUUCCUCUUUUUCUUUUUCCUCUUCUUUUUCCACUUCUUUUUCCUCUUCUUUUUUCCUCCUCCUCCUCCUCUUCUUCUUCUUCUUCUUGCCCAUAAUAAAUGUUGCCUUUUUGUUAAUUCUUUUAUGUUACGCGCUGUUUUCCUCUGUCCCUGUUGCCUUCAAUCUGCCCUGUGA